ACCACAAGCACAGACUGUUUUUGUUAUGGUGCAUUCCUAGUUUCAAUUGCAAAAAUGGAGAAGGUCAUUAUUGCUGGUGGGACUGGCUUGGUGGGACAUCACUUGAAGAAAUUACUCAUAGACAAUGGACACAAAGUGGUGUUAGUAUCCAGACGACCUGGCAAGGACACUCAAACUUGGAAUGACUUGGAACGUUUUGGCAUUCAAGAUGAUGUAACAGCAGUAGUAAAUGUAGCAGGAGAAAACAUACUCAACCCAUUGAAGAGAUGGACCCCAGAGUUUAUGGAGGCAGUGAGAUCAAGUAGGAUAGACACCUCCAAAAAACUAGCUUCCUACAUUGCAAAGUCCAAAUCUCCACCUAAAGUAUUUGCAUCCAUAUCUGGAGUGGCUGGCUAUAAACCAAGCCCCACUGAAGUUUACACUGAGGACAGCCCUGUACAAGACUUUGACUUCCUUUCCAAACUCGUCAUUGACUGGGAAGCUGCUUCCAGAUUACCAGAAUGUGUUAAAACACGCCAGUUUACAGUACGAUCAGGUGUAGUACUUGCAGGAGAUGGAGGAAUGAUUCAGCAGUUGUACCCAAGUUAUUACUUUGGCGGAGGUGGAAAAAUCGGAAAAGGGACACAAUGGUUGCCAUGGAUACAUGUCCAUGACCUGGCAGGAAUAUUUCACCAUGGAAUAAUAACAGACUCAGUCACUGGUGUACUUAAUGGUGUGUCUCCACACUCUGUAACAAACACAGAAUUUUCUGAAGCUCUGGCGAAAUCCAUGUGGCGACCUGCUUUGGUUCCAGGGUUUGUAAACGAAGCCGUUAUCAAAGUUAUGUUUGGAUCUGAAAGGGCAAAGAUAAUUCUGGAAGGUCAAAAGGUUUCACCUGAAAAAACACUAAAGAAUGGAUAUAAGUACAAAUAUACUGAUAUCAAUGAAGCAUGUAAAGCAGCUGUAGCAAACUUUUCCUUGAAAAGGAGUGCAUGAUUGGUGUAAUAUCCUGAUGUGUGGCUGUUUGAAAAACUGUUCUUUUAUGGUAUGUCAUGUAUAUGAAAGAAAGUAUUUUUGGAAAGUUUCAAUAAUCAUGUUGACUCUGUGAUAUAGAUUUUCCUUUAUUUAUACACAGCAUUAUGAAUGAUAUUCAACUCAACUGACAAAGAAGGAUCUUAAGACAUUUUUUAACUCUGUUUGAUUGGAAUGAUAUGAUAUUAUGUUAAUACUCAUGAACAUGUUAUGCUGUGUUUGUAUCAUCAAGAUGUUAUCCUGUCUUGAAAAGUCAAGUUUUAGGUCAUAGGAGAGGUUAAAGGUAAUACACAAGUAAGUCUGAAGAUUUCUUUUCUUUUUCAGGAUUUGUUUUAAUGUUUAUUUGUUCAAAAAGGGAAUUUGAAAAAAAAAAAAUGAAACAAAACAAAACUGGGUACAUCUAGUGUGAGCCUUGACAAUUCUUCAAUUUCUGUUGUAGUUUCAAAGACAUUUAACCUUUAUUAUCCCAAAACAGUAUGUCACAGGUUGCAUUCCUUUUUCACCUUGGCUUAAAAGGUUACAGUUCAAGGUCAAAUAACAUUUUGAUCAGUCUUAUUAAAUUCAUCAAAUUUAGAGACCAAGUUGAGUUUUCUCAUCAAUGCUUACAUGGACCACCUGCACACAACUUUUUGACAAGUUAAACUAUUUCCUAUCCAUUCAACCUUAUAAAUCUAAAGACAGUAAGACAUAAAGACCAACAUUACUUAUGCAUGUUGUUUGUUAGGUAACAAUUAGAACUGUGAUCUUUAUAUGAAACUAGCACUAGUUAUACAAGGCAUUUACAUUCACGUCUGCAUUUAUGAAACUUUCAUUACUUAAAGCUGUAUGGAAGUUUACACAAAACAAUCUGAUGGUUUUCAUUAUUAACAAAAGUUAUUUAUUUUUGGUUUGUUUGAAAUGUGUGUGCAUCAAUAUUUUUCUUCAUUUCAGUAUUACUUCAGCUGAAUAAUUGUAAACAUCAAGAUUUCAAUAAA